AUGCCACCAAAGCGGAGGAGGCAGGCCACGGUCGCCGCUGUCCCUCGUGGACCUAAUCACCAGCUCAACAUUCUUCGAGACCACCUUGAUGCGCAAGUCAAGGCCGAGGCGAACCUCGAGGCCACGGAGGACGCAAACUUACAAGACGCGCUCGAAAAGGACAUCAACAACCGCAACACGGUCCUCGCAAACACUAUCGAUGACUUUCUUCAUGAUCCAUUCAGUCGCCAGCCUGUGAGUGAUUUUAGCAAUGCAGAGAAGUAUGCGUUGAGAAGUCUCCGCAACGCCUUGGUCAAUGAACUCAAUCAGCCUUGCAAGGCCAACAAGACUGCACUCAUGAAGGCCAACGGGUCACUCGUUAUUCUCUUGCGGCCCAAUGCCACAGGCAAAGCAGACAUGAAGCAAUGGGUGCCUCCGAAUUACAUGUCUGAAGACAAUUCAGAUAACUCAACUGGAUCGUCUGAGUCAUCUGAGUCAGACAGUGAAGGUGAAGACGAUUCCGACGACGAAGAAGACGGUUCCGACAACGGAGAAGACGGCGAAGACGGCGGAGAAGCUGGAGAUAGUCUGUCAAUGGUCCCCAACUUUUCAGAUACAGCAGCCCUGGAAUGGCGUCCCCGGCACAUGCGAGAGAGUCUCGACCAGUCAGUCUAUGAGAUUGAUAACCCAGAUAUCAAACACAGUGACCCAAUCGACCAGCCAACGUGGGACACGUUGAUUGAGAAUCAGCCGAAGCCGGUCGAGUGGCGAUUUGAAAGUACCGAUACCGAGACUGAAAAUAAGAGCGUCAGGAAGAAGAAGAAAAAGAAGAAGAGCAGAAUGGAGGAGAAGGAGGGGGAGAAGAAGGGGAAGAAGAAGAAGGCAGAGGAGAGGAAGGGAAAGAAGAAGAAGAAGAAGUCAAAGAAAAGGCAUACCCAAGACAGCCUCCAGGACGACACGGUCAAGAAACAGAGGCUUCAUUAA